AUGGCGAAAAGUGUCCGAGCCAGUGUUUCCAAGCGCAACAGAGCCAAUCUGCGCCAGAAGGUCUUUGGCCCAGUGGUCGAUGCCAGAACUGAGAGACUCGCUGCCAAACUACAGGAGCUUGCAUCACAGCCACGACCGGAAGCCCCUGUGAAAUCAAAGAUGGACCUAGCCGAGGAUGAGGCUGCCGAAGCAGCCAAGGCCCAGACUGGUGACAGCGAAGAGAUGGAUAUCGACACAAUUAAGAGCUCCAAGAAGAAGCAGGCACGUGUACAGAAGCGCAACCAGAAGCCUCGCAACUCGAUUGUCUUCCAAAAGCGUCUAUCUACAGCCAAGAAGGGCCCCAAGAGGAAGUGA